GUUCUUGAAGCUGAGUUCGAAGAGCGCGAGCACAACAAGGGUGUAUUCCUGCGUGUAGAGCUACAGGCCCUGCCUGCGGACGAGAGCGUCGUCCAGGCAAAGGGAGUCAAGCGCAGUAAAGACAAGCUCAUCCUACCGCCAUCAGUGGGCUCCGCGCUCCUGGCCCAGGACGCCAGCAAGAACGGCGCCCUGCUUUUUCAGGUCGCACUACCAGCAGCAGCCGCUGCCACCGCCGCAACAGCAGCAGGAUCGGGACAGGCUCCAGCCCCGUUCACAUCCACAACCACAGCUACAGCCUCCAACUCCGCUGCAGGUCGCACACACGCUGGCGUUCUGGAGUUCACAGCACCCGAGGGCACGGUACUGCUGCCGCGCAAGGUGGUACAUAGCCUGUAUGGCAGUCUAGACGCGCAACCGAGCGGCACCGUCAUUGUGUCGUACAGGCGGCUCGAAAAGGGCACCUACGUGCGGCUACAGCCCAUGUCCCAUGGCUUUCACGAGGCUUUGGGUGAAGGAUUGCGGGAGACUUUGGAGGAGGAGCUGCUCGGACACAGCACACUGAGCGAGGGCGACUGGGUCACGGUAGUACACGGAGGUCGAGACUGGCCGCUGCGGGUUCAGGAGCUCCAACCAAGUAAUGCGGUGAGCGUUAUUGACGUGGACAUCGCAGCGGAUGUCGUACCCUCUUUGGAGGCUGAGGAGUACCUGCGCCGCUGGGAGGAAGAGCAGCGCCGACAGCAGGAGCGCCUGGCCCAGCUGGCAGCGGAGCGGCUGGCACGCGAGGCAGCGGAGGCAGCGGAGCGAGCAGCUCGAGAGGCGGCGGAGGCUGCAGCGGCGGAGGCAGCCGCCACCGCGGCAGCAGCGGCGCGCGAACGGCUAGCAGCUGCUCUUCCUCCAGAGCCAGAGGCGCCGUCGUCCUCGUCUUCAGGGCCGGCCAUCGCCGUCACCACUUGCGCAUUCUCGUUGCCGGAUGGCACCCGCAUCACUCGGCGUUUUGCAGCGGGCACCCAGGUGCAGACGCUGUUUGACUUUGUAGAUAGCCGGGGGGCGGGCGGGUGGCACCGCGGCAGCUAUCAGCUCGUAACGCGCAUGCCGCGGCGGGUAAUAGGACCGGAGGCAGCUGGGGCGGGGUUGACGCUACGGGAUCUCGGACUGGGUAACUCGGAGGCGUUCCUCCUGGAAGCUCUUGCGGUGCCGGCGGCGGCUGCAGCACCCAUGGAAGUGGACGGCGCGGCGAAGGGUAUGGCCACUGCUUAG